CUGGUCGAUUGCCAUGAAAAUAAUUCGAGUGAUGUUUGAUACAAUUAAAUAGAGGAUCAGGAUAAAAACCAGGAAAAUGGAGUUAUACCGCAGUGAAAGAUAAUUGAAUUUAAUUUGCCGAAAUGCUAGAAUAUGCGUUAACAACAUUGUUAAUUGUGCAGUCCAUACAAGAACAAAGUUUAAGUUCUUCGAAAGAAAUAUGUGGAGAAGAAAAUGGGAGUAUUAAAUGCUGUACAGGAUACUAUAGUGAAGAUGGAAUAUGUAAACAAUGUUUUGGAGCAAUUGGGCCUAAUUGUUCAAUCCCAUGCAAAUGUAAUUUCUUUGGACGUCUAUGUAAAAAUCCAUGUGACUGUCAAAACAAUGAAACCUGUGACAGAUACUUCGGUUGUAGAUUCGUUGAUGAAAUGGACAGUAGCACAGAGUGUCAUAACACAAUGCUUUUGUUGGUGAUCGGAUCCGGAUCAGCCAUGUUAUCACUCGCCUUGUUGUUUGUCGGUGUCAUGAUUUAUAGAUGGCAUACUAUUUUGCGAAGAAAUUUACAUCCCACCAAUACUCCAAGAGGUAAUUUUAAGGAAAAUUCUUUUCUUAAGGUUUUAUUACCCUUUUAUGGAAAACAUGAAGUUUUUCAGGAAAACUACGAUGAUAUUCGAGAAUCUCGAAUGCUCCUUGGUGAUAAAGGAAAUUAUAACAGGGAAAUUACAGAAAAUAGACUAAGUUCAAUGGAUUAUAAUCAUUUGUUCCUCAAAGGGCGGAAAUCAAUUAGCGAGAUCCCUGAACAAUAUUAUAGUGCAAUUGAUGCACGUUUUAGAAGUAAAAUGCCGCUCGUCACGACGUCCGAAUUUCCUGAAGACGAUUGCUAUGUCAGUGUAUCUCAGCUUGCUAGGCAGAAUAAGAGAAUAUCAAAGUCAUGCUCUGAUCUAAAGAUAGAUAUGUCGGAUACACACCAUGAUAUAUAUUCAAAUCAAUGCCGCAAGGCCAAGGGGGGUACAAACAAUCGAACUAUUCUGAUAGAACAUUUAUAGUCAUUUGAAUUAUCUUAAGCAACCCCACACUAAUAGAAACGUCUUUUUAAUGUCCUUCUUUUUACCACUAUAAAUCAAAUAUCAAAACAUGCUUAUAAUCAAGCUCGUUCUCACCUUGAAUAAAGAAAGUGAAAGCUGUAAAUGUUAACAACACUUUCUUCAGUUUCACCGCCAAGGAGAAUAAACACCGGAUUCGAUAGUAAAAUGUUGGUCAGCCAAUUUCACCACUGGCCAUAAAAAGGAGAAUAUGAAAGGAAUAAAGAACACAAGAAAUAAAAAAAAAUUCUUAUUCCAAUCAUCAUUGUGAAUAGAUGUACGACUUGUUUGACUUUAGACAUUUAAAAAUUCAUCAAUAAGUGUCUAUGAUACUUCUAUCAUAGCCAAAAUCCUGUUUUAGGCAACGCAUGCAUCAACAGGUAUGAAGAAUUAUAUGUGCACGUAACAAAAACACUAAAAGAUUCAUGAAUAAAUGUAUUUUUAAACAUAAAGACUUUGUGUAAAUUUUUAAAAAAUAAUAUCCAAAUUUGUUUGCUAAAAACUGAUGAAUAUUUUAAUUUCUAGUACACAAACACAACAAUUCAUGGUCCUUACAUUGGAGUUUUUUCAACAUCCGAUAUUCUGAUUAAAUAUUUUCUAUAACAACCCUGAUUUCUCGUCAAUUUUUGUUUGUUAUGUAUCUUCACAAAUAU